UCUCAGCCACUAAAACUUCACAUACGAAUAACUUUCAAUAAUGAACCAACAUUUUGUUUAUUCAUUUACCGGGAAACUCACUGGAGCUUUGCAGGAAACUGAUCACUUGUUAUCAUUGUAACAAAUAGCUAAUGGCAGUUGAAGCUUAUAAAGUUCAUGACCUAAUAUCAACCAUUCGUGGAGCUUUCCGUUCAAAUUUCAUUUAUAUGCGAGAUUCCUUCAUCAUAUUGAGUGUCGUCUGGAUAUUUACCAUCCUUACAUAACUGUUACAACAAAAUGGAUAACCUUUCUUCAAGUGAUGAUGGCUAGCAAAAGAGCGACGAAAAUGGCCUCCAUCAACCACUUUCGCAUUUUCAUUUCUCUUUCUACUCUUAUACCUGUUUCAAGUGUUUAGUAACGCCCAAACAACUUUAUCCCCAGCUGUAUCCCCUUACACAAUCUCACUCUAUCUCCCUCUGCAAUCAAGAUUAAACGAAAAAUUGACAAUUUGAAUCAGUAUUUUGGUUCAACGUUAAUACAUCAAAUACAAGGGUUGGCUGUGAUCUACGAAUUAAACCAUGGAGUCAACAGCGUGGACUAAUAUGGAUGAACUGAGCAAAGGCUUCAGAGAAAUACUGAGCCAAAGUUUAAGUGAUUUUGAUCCAUUUUCAUCAUUUAAAACAGCUCUGUUUUAUAUCUUAAUAACUGUCUCUGCCAUGCAAACAUUUUAUCCAUUUCUUAUGAUAAUGGCUAUGGUAAUCCGACAGUUGAGUAUCCUUGCUCAUUAUUUUCAUGAGGUGGAUGAAGAUUCUAAAAAACACGGAGGACAGUUAAUAGCAACUGUUUUCAAGACUCAUGGAGUGGAGCAAGUAUUUACUCUAUCAGGAGGCCAUAUAUCACCAAUCUUGACUGGUUGUCAAGAACAGGAAAUUCGUGUAAUAGAUGUAAGACAUGAAGCUUCAGCUGUUUUUGCCGCUGAUGCUGCUGCAAGAGUCUCUGGUAUUCCUGGGGUUGCAAUAGUUACUGCUGGUCCUGGAUUAACCAAUACAAUUACACCAACACAGAAUGCCUUUAUGGCAGAGUCACCAGUUGUUAUCAUUUCUGGUAGCACGGCAACUCUUGCCAAAGGUCGUGGAGCUUUACAAGAUAUCGAUCAAAUGUCAUUGAUGAAGCCAAUUACUAAAUGGCAAGCCAGUGUUUCAAAAGUUAGAGAUUUAGUGCCAACCAUUCGUGAAGCUUUCCGUCAAGCUCAAUCCAAUACACCAGGGCCUGUUUUUGUUGAAUGUCCCUUGGAUGUUCUUUACCCAUACAAAGUUGUCCGUCGUGAAAUCAUGGGUAAAGCACGGGCCAGUACAUUUACCCAAAAAGUUGUUACUUGGUAUCUUGACCAGUAUACCAAAAAUUUGUUUGCUGGUGCAUUUGAUAUGGAUCAAGAAACACGUCCUUGGCCAGUCGAGUUGCCAUUUCCAAAAUCUAAUGACAUCUACAAAGCUGUUGAAAUUGUGUCAAAGGCUAAAAAGCCUCUCAUUGUUUUAGGUAGUCAAUCUAUUCUUCCACCUGUUGGCGGUGAAAAACUUUCUGAAGUUAUAAAAUCUCUUGGAAUCCCUUGUUAUCUUGGUGGAAUGUCCAGAGGCCUGUUGGGACAGUCGAGCUCACUUCAUAUGCGCCAUUGUAGACGAGAGGCAUUGAGAGAAGCUGAUGUUGUUAUUCUUGCUGGAACUGUGGCAGACUUUCGCUUGGAUUAUGGGCGUGUUUUAUCAUCCCGGAGCAAGGUUAUUGCUGUAAAUAGAAACAAAUCUCAACUAAAGAAAAAUCACAAAUUUUUCUGGAAUGCCGAAUUAUUAGUUCAAGCUGAUGUUGGUAAAUUUUUCCUUAAUUUAACCGAGAAGCUUGGUCAGUUUUCUGUUGACCCUGAAUGGAUCAAUACUCUUCGUGAACGGGACUCUAAACGCGACGCCGAGAUUUUAUCAAAAUCGUCAGCUCCAACUGACAAACAUCUUAACCCAUUAUCUGUUCUAACCAAACUUGAAUCUUUACUUCCUGAAGAUACUUACAUAAUUGCUGAUGGAGGUGAUUUUGUAGGAACCGCAUCUUAUAUUCUCAAACCAAGAGGACCUCUUCGGUGGCUGGACCCUGGUGUCUUCGGUACCCUUGGAUGUGGUGGAGGAUUUGCUAUUGGUGUUAAAGCAGUUCGACCAAAAUCAAAUGUAGUCAUUAUUUUCGGGGAUGGAGCUCUUGGUUUCAGUUUUAUGGAAUAUGAUACAAUGGUUCGCCAUAAGCUCAACGUCGUGUCAAUUGUUGGCAAUGAUGCUGGUUGGACUCAAAUUGAAAGGGAACAAGUAGUGAUUCUUGGGUCUGAUGUAGCCUGUAAAUUAGCUUACACAGCUUAUGAGGAAGCUGCUAGAGCUUUGGGUGCCGAAGGAUUCAAAAUUGACCGAACUAAUGAAACUGAAAUGGAAUCUAUAAUAUCUAAGUCGUUGGAAAUCGCUAGGACGAGUAGCCCUGUUUUGAUUAACACGUUAAUUGGUCGAACGGAUUUUCGAGAUGGAUCUAUUUCAGUUUGAAUUUUAGAUAAUGAAUAUGUACAUGCACAUGUAAAUUAUAGCACAUGUAUUAUAAUAUAUAAUAUUAUUACAUGUGACAGUAGAGAAACAAAUA